UGGAUCUGGGAUCAGCCAUUGCGCGCGCUGGUGCAGACGUUACCGUUUGAAUAUUUACAUCUAUAAGCUUUAGCAGUAAUAUUGCUUAUUAUUAUUAUUAUUAUUCUACAAAUUAAUAAUUUCAUUCGACGUUUUAUUGUGUUGUGAUAUGCAGAUUAUUUGGUUGGGAUAUUUAUCUUGCUGAUAAUCGAUGUUAGCGCGCCCGUGCUAACAGCCAGUCAGCGCGUGCUCUCCACAGCUGUUUAUAUAUAUUCAUUUAGUAAAUUAUUCAUCAUGGGAUAUUUAAAGUUAAUAGAGAUAGAAAACUUCAAAUCGUACAAAGGCAGACAGAUCAUUGGGCCUUUCCACAAGUUUACAGCUAUUAUUGGGCCGAAUGGAUCAGGCAAGUCAAAUCUCAUGGACGCCAUCAGCUUUGUUCUGGCAGAGAAAACCAGUAACUUGCGUGUGAAAACACUGAAGGAUUUGAUUCAUGGAGCUCCAGUGGGUAAACCUGCAGCAAACCGAGCAUUUGUGACCAUGGUGUACCAGCUGGACAACGGACAGGAUCUGUCCUUCUCCAGAAUCAUCAUAGGUUCUUCAUCAGAGUACCGCAUCAAUAAUAAAGUUGUGGGUCUGUCUGAAUACAGCGAGGAACUGGAAAAACUGGGAAUCCUCAUCAAGGCCAGAAACUUCCUCGUCUUUCAGGGUGCUGUUGAGUCAAUUGCUAUGAAGAACCCUAAAGAGAGAACAGCUCUGUUUGAAGAGAUCUCUCGCUCUGGAGAACUCGCUCAGGAAUACGACAGACGCAAGAAAGAGAUGGUGAAAGCCGAGGAGGACACGCAGUUUAACUACCAUCGAAAAAAGAACAUCGCUGCUGAGCGAAAAGAGGCCAAGCAGGAGAAAGAAGAGGCGGAGCGUUACCAGCGCCUGAAGGAUGAGGUGGUGCGAGCACACGUGCAGCUACAGCUCUUCAAACUCUACCACAACGAAUCGGAGAUCGAGAAACUGAAUCGAGAGUUGGCCCACCGUAAUAAAGAGAUCGAUAAGGACAGGAAGCGCAUGGACCGUGUGGAGGAUGAGCUGAAGGAUAAGAAGAAGGAGCUGGGGAGAAUGAUGAGAGAUCAACAGAUGAUCGAGAAAGAGAUCAAGGAGAAAGAUGCAGAGUUGAAUCAGAAGAGGCCGCUGUACAUUAAAGCCAAGGAGAACACUUCGCACAAGAUCAAGAAACUGGAGGCUGCCCGUAAAUCACUGCAGAAUGCCCAGAAAUGCUACAAGAAGCGCAAAGCGGACAUGGAUGAGUUAGACCGUGAGCAGGGGGCCGUGGAGAUGGCCAGACAUGAGUUUGAGGAGCGGAUGGAGGAAGAGGCUCAGAGUCAGGGACAAGAUCUGCAGCUGGAGGAAAACCAGGUGAAGGCAUAUCACCGUCUGAAGGAGGAGGCCAGUAAACGAGCAGCUACCCUUGCUCAAGAGCUAGAGAAAUUCAACAGAGACCAGAAAGCUGAUCAGGACAGACUUGACCUGGAGGAGAGGAAGAAAAUAGAGACCGAGGCCAAGAUCAAGCAGAAGAUCAGAGAGAUCGAGGAGAACCAGAAACGCAUUGAGAAGCUGGAGGACUAUAUCACCACCAGCAGGCAGUCCCUAGACGAGCAGAAGAGAAUGGAGGAGGAGCUCACAGAAGAGGUGGAACAGGCCAAACGAAGAAUCGAUGAGAUCAACAUGGAGCUCAACCAGGUGAUGGAGCAGUUGGGUGAUGCUCGUAUCGACAGACAGGAGAACAGCAGACAGCAGCGGAAAGCUGAGAUCCUGGAGAGCAUCAAGAGAUUAUAUCCUGGAUCAGUGUAUGGCAGACUGAUUGACCUGUGCCAGCCUACACAGAAGAAAUACCAGAUCGCUGUCACUAAAGUGCUGGGCAAGAACAUGGACGCCAUUAUUGUGGACUCCGAGAAGACGGGGCGAGACUGUAUCCAGUACAUUAAAGAACAGCGAGGAGAACCUGAGACCUUCCUGCCUCUGGACUACCUGGAGGUGAAGCCCACAGAUGAAAAGCUGCGUGAGCUGCGUGGUGCUAAACUGGUGAUUGAUGUGAUUCGCUACGAGCCAUCACAUAUAAAGAAAGCCCUGCAGUACGCCUGCGGAAAUGCUCUGGUCUGUGAUAACGUGGAGGACGCGCGCAGAAUCGCCUUUGGAGGACCCUACAGGCACAAGACGGUGGCUCUAGAUGGGACGUUAUUCCAGAAGUCUGGUGUAAUCUCUGGUGGUGCCAGUGAUCUGAAGGCCAAAGCUCGGCGCUGGGACGAGAAAGCAGUAGACAAACUGAAAGAUCGCAAAGAGAAGCUCACCGAUGAACUGAAGGAACAAAUGAAAGCCAAGAGGAAGGAGGCUGAGCUUCGUCAGGUGCAGUCUCAAGCUCAUGGUCUGCAGAUGAGACUAAAAUAUUCUCAAAGUGAUCUGGAGCAAACCAAGACACGACACUUGUCCCUCAACAUGCAGGAAAAGUCAAAGCUGGAGAGUGAGCUUGCUAACUUUGGUCCUCGUAUCAAUGACAUCAAGAGAAUCAUACAAUCACGAGAGAGAGAGAUGAAAGACCUGAAGGACCGCAUGAAUUUGGUGGAGGAUGAGGUGUUUUUGGAGUUCUGUAAAGAGAUCGGGGUUCGAAACAUCCGUGAGUUUGAAGAAGAGAAAGUCAAAAGACAAAAUGAGAUUGCAAAGAAACGUCUGGAGUUUGAGACUCAGAAAACUCGUCUGGCCAUCCAGCUGGACUAUGAAAAGAACCAACUGAAGGAAGACCAGGAGAAGGUCAUCAUGUGGGAGCAGACUGUCAAGAAAGAUGAGAAUGAGAUUGAGAAAAUGAAGAAGGAAGAGCAGAGGAACAUGAAGAUCAUUGAUGAGACCAUGGCACAACUGCAGGAUCUGAAGAACCAGCACCUGGCCAAGAAAUCUGAAGUGAACGAUAAAAACCAUGAGAUGGAGGAAAUUCGAAAGAAACUGGGUGGCGCCAACAAGGAGUUGACACAACUGCAGAAGGAGGUGACUGCCAUCGAGACCAAACUGGAGCAGAAACGCAGUGACCGACACAAUCUGCUGCAGGCCUGUAAGAUGCAGGACAUCAAACUGCCCCUCCGCUCAGGAACUAUGGACGACAUCAGCCAGGAAGAGGGCAGUUCUCAGGCGGAGGAGAGUCUCAGCAGCAGUCAGAAGACAUCCAGCACUGUCCUGGCUAAAGAAGCUCUCAUUGAGAUCGACUACAGCAGCCUGUCAGAGGACCUCAAAGAUUCUCUGUCAGAUGAGGAGAUCAAAGGUGAGAUGAACACAUUACAGCAAAGGCUGAACGAGCAGCAGAGCAUCCUGCAGAGAAUCAGCGCUCCAAACAUGAAGGCCAUGGAGAAACUCGAGAGCGUUAGAGACAAGUUCCAGGAGACCAGUGACGAGUUUGAAGCUGCCAGGAAGAGAGCAAAGAAAGCCAAGCAGGCAUUUGAGCAGAUAAAGAAGGAGAGAUUUGAUCGUUUCAAUGCCUGUUUCGAGUCUGUGGCCACCAACAUCGAUGAGAUCUAUAAAUCUCUGUCCCGCAACAGCAGUGCUCAGGCGUUCCUGGGACCCGAGAACCCAGAGGAACCGUAUCUGGAUGGCAUCAACUAUAACUGUGUGGCUCCAGGCAAACGCUUCAGGCCGAUGGAUAAUCUGUCUGGAGGAGAGAAGACUGUGGCUGCUCUGGCUCUGCUCUUCGCCAUUCACAGUUAUAAACCUGCUCCAUUCUUUGUGCUGGAUGAGAUUGAUGCUGCGUUGGACAACACCAACAUCGGCAAGGUGGCAAACUACAUCAAGGAUCAGUCUGUGCAGAACUUCCAGGCCAUUGUGAUUUCUCUGAAAGAGGAGUUUUACACUAAAGCAGACUCUCUCAUUGGAGUCUAUCCUGAGCAAGGAGACUGCGUCAUCAGUAAGGUCCUGACAUUUGACCUCUCUCAGUAUCCGGACGCCAACCCCAAUCCCAACGAGUGAACAGCACAUCACUUUCCCAACAAUUUGCAUUAUGUAUCUUUCGCUCUGUUAGCUUAGCUUUAUUUCUAAUAUUUACUCAUUCCAAUCUAAUACUGCUUUUGUUAGAGAAAUUCCAUGAACAUUAUGUUAUAAAGGUAUUUACUGUUUUAUUGAGUAGUCCAAAUCAUAAGUGCUUAACAUUAUGUGCUUUGUCAUUAUGAUCAAUCUGUUGAAACUAUAGAAUAGUCAGACUUUUCUAACAUGUUUUAACUUGACAUCAUUUCCUUUAGGAGAGGGAUUUCAGUAAAUGUUAUUCAGUGAUGACACGCAUGCAGAAGUGUGAUAUUUUUGUUGAUUGGCAGUUUAUCACCACUUUUUAGUUUAUGGCUUGCUGUUGAACUCCUUUUCAGUGUAUUGUCUUCAUUUUCUCAAGUAAAAUAAACCUUUUUUUCAGUA